AUGCAUGAGUUCUGCACCGAAUGGGCGCAAAAAGCGCCCCAGCCGGUCCACCCGCUCUUCGAUCUUCCAGAUCAGCAAGCCCCCGCUGCAGAGCGGGGAUUGGGAGCGCAGGGGCAGCGGCUCCGAGAGCGCCCACAAAACCCAACGAGCCCUGGACGACUGCAAGAUGCUUGUCCAAGAGUUCAACACGCAAGUGGCCCUGUACCGAGAGUUGGUCAUUUCUAUUGGGGACGUCUCGGUCAGCUGCCCCUCGCUCCGAGCAGAAAUGCACAAGACAAGAACCAAAGGCUGUGAAAUGGCCCGACAGGCACACCAAAAACUCGCUGCCAUCUCAGGCCCCGAAGAUGGUGAGAUUCAUCCAGAAAUCUGCAGGCUUUACAUCCAGCUGCAGUGCUGCUUAGAAAUGUACGCCACAGAGAUGCUAAAAUCCGUAUGUCUGCUGGGAUCUCUUCAGUUUCAUCGAAAAGGAAAGGAGCCUGGAGGGGGAACCAAGAGUUUGGAUUGCAAAAUUGAGGCAAGCGCUGAAACACCUGCUCUAGAGGACUCCUCAACAUCCCCCGUAGACAUUCAGCAACAUUCCUGGCAGGUUUCCACAGACAUUGAGAACAGUGAAAGAGACAUGCGAGAAAUGAAAAACCUUUUAAGCAAACUCAGGGAAACUAUGCCUUUACCAUUGAAAAAUCAAGAUGACAGCAGCCUUCUAAAUCUGACUCCCUACCCCCUGGGUAGAAGACGGAAGAGAAGGUUCUUUGGGCUGUGUUGUCUCGUCUCAAGCUAGGCGAUUCCUCCUGGAAACCCACCAUUGGGAAGACCUGAAAAUAUCACAGAACCCAAGGACCUCCAGUCAGCCGCACCACAGUUAUUGGGUUUUGACUAUGUUUUCUAUGCUUCCUUAUUGCUUUGAUCCGCCUCCCCUGCCCUCUUAAAUGAUUUUACAUUUGAAAGCAGCUGCUGUCAAGAAAAAAAAAAGAUUCAAAAAGCAGGCUGUUUUUAAAAAUAUUUUUAAAGCUGACAUUGUGCAUGUCUGCUCCAAACCAUACCAUGACAGAAGCAAGAAUUAUGAUUUUUAAAUUACUUAGAGGUUUUUUUUAAAUGAAUUAUACAGAGAAAAAUUAUUUCAUGUAUGAUAGUAUAUCUAUAGCUCUUGCUGAUCUCAUGUUAACAAUUUAUCAUAUAUGAAAUAAGUCUUUAAACAUAGAAACCUAUUUAAAACUGCAAAACUGUGUUCAAAAAUCCAAUCUAUCAAUAUCAUUAGAAAUAAUAUUAUAAUCAAUCAUAUACCACUUCACCUAUUGCUUUCUCUGCACUCAUUUACAUUUAGUCUUCCAUUCUGUCAGAAUCUAAGAGCUUCAACAUAAGAAUAUCUUAAUUUAUAAUGCAACAAAACCAUAUAUGAAAAGUAUUUAAAUUUUGUAAAUACACAAUAACCCUAAUACCUUCGUACCAUGCAUAUGGGCAACUAAUUUCCUUUUGAUCCAAUGUUGUCUUUUUCAGCUUCUUGAAGAGUGAAGUAAUCCAGUUAGGAAAUGGUGUAAUACCAUAUCCAAUUACCCUCAAAUGUAAAAUUGAAUAUUCUCACAUUUUGUUCUAAUUGAAAUCUGAAGCAUGAUGUCUGCACAUCAGCGUAGUGUUAAAUCUUAUAGGGCAUGCUGGAAUUAGCUCAGAUCGUAAAAAUAUUUAACAUUUUACAUUGUUAAUAAAAUCUUUUUAGUUAAGCUAAGCUUGUCUCAUUUUAGAUGACUAUGCAGAUAUGACUUUUCCAAUGUGUACUUGGUGUCUUGUCUUAUGCUUAGAAUCUUGACAGCAGGACACAUAAGCAAUACUAUAUUUUAGAAAGGAGGAAACCACACGCUUUGUUUUUUGGCUCACAGAUUUGUUGUGAUCUUCCUCCACUAAACUUGUAACAUGGUACAAAUUUUGUUAUAUUUUCCCUUGUUCUUCCUUUGGCCCAUUUCCCAGACAGAAUUUCCCAUGGGGUGAGAAAUCAGACCUUUGGACUUCUCUUGUUUUCCAUAAACUGAAAAAUCCUAAAGUCAGACACGAGGCGCAACUAUCUAGGACAAUAAAAGGAUGAGGUAGAUGCCUAUAAGUGGUUUAUCCAGGAUGCAUCUUUAGUCCCAACCCCAUAGUUUCUCAGUACUUAUAUGCACAGGCAUUUAUACGCCCACCAAUGUUUUGACCUAAAAAGUAAAUAUGUUAAAGCUUUUAGCUUUAGUGAAGAUGAAGAGAGGUAGAAAUGAACUACCAGAAUAAUUAUUGUAUUAGGUUGAAUUAUAUGAAAUUGCUGAUAUUUGAGUGUUUUGACCUACAAAAAUGACAAUUUCAUAUAGUUCAACCUAAUAUCUGAUGUUUGUGGAAAUUAUACUUGGAAUUGUCUUCUGGCUUGAAGUGAAUUGAAAGUGAAGGACUAAAGGGUUGGAAGAGAUCUCAAAAGGCUAUGCAGGUCUCUAUUUACAUUAUACCAGCUGGUUUUUAGCCUUAUUCUUGGAGUCCAGAGUUGUGUUCCAAUGAACUGGUAAUUAACUAAUGCAUGGUUAUAGGGAUGCUUGACUUUUAUAAGAAGUACCCUUGAAAGUUUAUGAAAAAAAAAAAAACAAUUUUCUAAAUCAAAUAUUUGUAAAAACAGUUUGUGGGAAUAUGCUAUUUAAAGACACCUAGGGUAAAUAUUCCCUUGCAAGGCAGGUAACCACUUCCAGAUUUACCUGGUCUGCAAACCCUGAUUUUUGUAAAUCAGGUUUGAUUAAAGCUUAAUAUCCUUUCCUGAAUGUGGUUCAUUUUCAUCCCCUGAGGUUAAAUCACUUCAGGUUCAUUGUUUUAGAAAUUAUAAAGCAGCCCAAUUUGGCACGCUCUCAGCUCCUGUCUCUGCCCUCUCCCACCCUUCCACUAUAUUGAACCCUUAGCUUCAAAUUAGUUCCUACUAAUCCAUGCAAAGUUAUGAACUGAUAAGCCCAACCUUGGUGUUCAGCACGUUAUUCUUAAUGCCUGAGCUAAAUCACUUCUGCUUGGUUAAUUUGUGCUCACUCUCGCCUUAGUCUCAGUGUGAAAGUAACACUUACCUUCUGUGCAAUGUCCUUUGUACAACUGAAGACUGUUAAUAAAUUCAGGUCUCACCUCCGUGUCUGGGAGGGCUAUAGUAGCUAUCCAUGGAGAUGGGAAUUUGUCUAAUUCCCUUGCUGGGCUUUCCAUAGCUAAGGUAAAUAAAUGCAGCCACCUUAUCUUUUAUUCAUAGUGCCUGUUUCCCAGCCUUUGAUCAGUUUUGUAGUUCCUGUGGACACACUCCAAGAUUUAUAGAUCUUCUUUCACUAGCAGGUCCUAAAGUUAAAUUUAGUGCUCAAAGUCUAAUAACCUACACUGGCUCAUGGUUGCAAUAGGUAAUUCACCGUCUCCCAUUUGAUAUGCCAAUGCAUCUCUUUAGGAGCUGACCCCACCCUCCUCUCACCUACCAAAGGACUUUCUCAGGUGUAGUUCCAUGGCAUUUGGUUCUACUGUCUUGGCUUCCUGCUGGUAGUUUGCUCUCAGAUUAGCAAUAACCCUGAGGUGAAACAGAAAAGGAUGCGAACUUUUUCUGGCACACAAUCAUCCAUUUUACCACCAUAUUUUUAAUACCCCACGUUGAUUUUUUUUUUCAGAUUGUAGAGGCAAUAUAAGUUCUUUGUGGGAAAUCUGAAAAAUACUACCAAAUAUAAAGAAAAUAAAAAUCAUCUGAAUCCCACCACAAUCAUAUUCUUUCAAACCACAAUUCCAGGCUUUACAUCAGUUAGUGGCUGGGCCCAAAGGCACUUUUGGAUAAAGUAUGUAAAGAAAUGCCUCAAGGCCAAGGUGUCACUUUAAAAAAUCUGUCCACUAAUGUUUUGCACACAUCUAGGAACGGAUUCACUGCACACUUCUGGUUGCACCAUUGUUCAGGGGUGCAAAGAGGACUUUAGAACUAGCACGGCCUUGAUGCCUCCUCUACUGAAAGCUCUUGAGGAAGCUCUAAAAUCCUGCCAGAUCAUUUUGUUCCUCAGCGCUUUUGUAACAGUUGGGAUACUUACUGUUUGGCAAUACUGCCACCUACUGAAAGCUGGGCUUUAGAGUGAGAUGGGAAAACGAAUACACAGAGGAUAAAAGCAUCUAAUUUCUUUUAGACAGCAAACAAUGCCAGAUUAACAAUGAUCCCACAUGGAAUUUCAGACUCUGGAAGUCUCAAAGUUGAAAGGAUUAAAGAUAUCAUCCAGACUAACUCCCACCCCCAUACACAUACCUAAGCAAUGCCUAUCAUUUCUUUGUGUUCUAGAACAUCACCAAAUGUAAAAUGCUCAACUUUCAGGUAAAUAUAGAUAGGAUGAGAAAAAGCAGUGAUGCUGUUAGCCUAGAAUAAAUCACUAAAAUUGAAUAUAAAGUCCAGAAAUAAACCCAAGAACACAGAAGAAUUGAGAUGACAUUUCAAAUCUGGGAGAAAACCUGGCUUAUUAAGUAAGUUAUAUUGGAAUAACUGGUUAGCCAUUUGUUGGGGGAAAUAUUAGAUCUAUACCUCAUAACUUUCAUCAAAAUAAAUUCUAGGUGAAGUAAAGAUUUAAAUGGUAAAGCACAUAAAUAAACAUAUAAAAGGACUAGCAGGCAAUAUUAAUGAAUGUUUAUGUAAUUUUACUGUGGACAAAAGGCUUUCUAAGCAUGACACCAAAGGAAGAAACCACAAUGGAAAAGAUGGAUGGAUUUGACCAAUUAAAAAUGCAAAACUCCUAUACAGUAAAAAAUAACAAACCAAAUUAAGAGAAAACAAAAUUUGAAAUACAUGCAACAAAGAGUAUAGGUCUCUGAUAUAUGUCAAGAGCUUAAACUCCAUUACCUUUGGGAAGUUUCUAUGAUCUACAGCCCCCUUCCCAGCCAAGUGUUCCCAUUUCAUUCUUUCCUCAUUGUGCUUUUUUCAUUAUUGCUUGUUUAAUAGUCUAUCUCCACUAAACUGGAAGUUCAAGAAGGCCACAACCAUGCCCAUUCUGCUAACUGUCAUAUCCUCAAAUCUAACACAGUGCUAGAUGCAAAGCAAACACUGAAAACAUGUUUACUGAAUGAGUGAGUAAUGAAUGCACGAGUAAAUGACAUUUUAUGACUCAAAAAGAAUCAAACUUUCCAGUAGAAAAUUGAGCCAAGAACAAAGACUGGCAAUGUACCAUAAAUUAAAAUAAUGCACUAAUAAUAAGUAUGAAAAUAUUUGAAAAUACUAGUAAUCAAAAAAUGUGAAUUAUUAUGAUAACUCCUUUUUAUGUAUCAGAAAGGCAAAGGGUAUAAAGAAUUAAAGUUCCCAGGGACAGCAAGGAAGUGUGGAAAUAAACAUUCUCUCACAAAGUCAACAAGAGUGUAAAUUCAUUUGACCCUUCUGGAAAAUAUUUUGGCAAUAUAGUUUUAGUGUAUGCCAAGUAAUUCCACUUUAGGGAAAUUCUCUUUAAACGGAUCAGAAAAAAAUGAACUAAGAAACCUUCAUUCAUUGUUCAAAAAGUAUAUGCAGGAAAGAAAGCUUACAGCAGCAUUAUUUGGAGGAAUGGAAAAAAUGUAAAUAAGCCUACAGUAUAGUGUUGGUUAAAUAUAGUAAAACCUUUCAAUGGAAUACUGUGCACCAGUUAAGAAUAAGCACCAUAUGUAUAUUUAUUGAAAUGAACAAGCUAUAUUGUUAAAUGAAAAAGGAAGUUACAGAAUAUCUAUAGUGUGAUCUCAUUUAAAAUAUAUAUAUAUAUACACGUGUGCAUUAGAGUUGGAAAGGAUAUUUGCUAAAAUGUUAACAGCAUUUAUCUCUGGGAGGUGAGAUUUGGAGCAAUUAUAUUUUCUUUUUGCAUAUCUGUAAUUUCUGAUUUUUCCACAAUGAGCAUGUAGUAUCUGUAUAAUUUUUUCAGGGAAUAAAGAACAAUGUUCACAAUAUGUAUUAAAUGAAAAACACAUGUUAUAAAACAGUAUGUAUAGUAUGACACAAUAUUUGUAAAAAAGAAAAUUAUAUAUAAAUAUAUCUAUGUAUGUAUAUAUAUAUGCAUAAGAAAGCUAGAAGGA